AUGAAGACAUCAACCGCCCUCAUCAACGUCCUCCCUCUCCUCCUCAGUUCAGCAACCGCCUCCCCCGUCCCUGUUCCAGCACCAGCAGGACCUGUGAUCUCCCUCCAACAAUCCCCCAACUCCACCCACGUCCUCUCCGCCACCUUCCUCACCGACGACCUGCCAACAGGCUGCACCAACACCUCCCUGCACGAUAUGCACUGGACCGUGUCCGACUUCCACUACUCUUCUUCCCUCACGUACACCACGCCCUCGCACCGCGUCAACGGCGCCACGGUCAAAUUCAACCUCACCAGCAACGCGCUACCGGAGCUGAACGUGUACUGCGUUGCGUAUAGCACGGAUUACAUGGAUCCGUUCUAUGGGCAGCGGGUGUAUGAUUGCUCGACUGUGAUCAACUCGACAAGUGGCGGAGAGGUGAAGGAAGGGUUCAAGACGCAGUUUCGGUAUUGGAAGUCGAUUCAGGCGGUGGAGGUGAGGCAGAGGUGGGAGUGUGAUGAUUUGGCUGAGGGGCCAGGGAAUAUGCCGGGGAAUAUGGCCGUCUUCUCCGCCAACGGCACUUCUGCCAACCAGACGCCCAACUGCACCUUCGAGGAGCACCAGACGCCUCCAGCCGAGUGGAAGAAUGGCAUGAACUACUACUGGAACAUCCAGAAUUGCGAUCUGCCUGAGUUCUCAUUUGUGCCGUCUGAGCUUCAGGUGUUUGCCCACAGAGCCGCCCCUUACUACCCGCCUUCCAUCGCCCAAAACAUCACCGAUGGCAUCCUCUCCAAAACCUCGCACCUCCAAAUCGAGCUUGCCAAGCUCAGGAGGACGCUCGGACACGAAGUCAUCGUCGAAGCCGACUGGCAGCGUAUCCUGGACGAAUAUGGCGAACAAGAAGAGCCCUCAAAUGGAAUCGUCGGACUGGCCGCCCAUAUCCUGCUUCAAUGGAGCAGUGAGUUGCGCGUAAUACUUGGUCGCUCCGGAAUAGAUGACUGGUUGACCAGCCUUCUUGAUUGCGUGGUCGAAGCCGGGGGCAAGCUGAGGGUCAUGUUGGACCUGUGGGAGGACAUUCAACUGGGUACCACUUGGUCCGAAGAAAGAAAAGGGUUCUUUGUGCACUUGCCCAAGCACUACUUAUUUGCGAAGAAGGCGUACUUUAGUGGGAAUAACUCGGUUCGCGAGGGGUUCAGGAAGGGGCUUCUGUCGUGCAACUUCCAGGCAACGGAAGAAGGAAAGAAGAAGAACUUGAACCCCGAGCCGGAAAAGGGAGCGGGAACGGCCAAGGAGUUGGAGUUGGGGUUGGCGCAGCUUGGUGUCAGGGACGAGAACUCGGUAGGAGAAGGGCCAAGCGCUCCGGCCGCCGCUUGUGAUGCAACGACCGCCGCAACGUCGAAGACGACCACAACCGCAACCUCGUCCUCUACCGAGCCAACCCCAACCCCCUUCCCAACGGUCGACUCCCUUCCGUCGCUGGUCGAACUCUGCUCAAAGCCGCCCUACCAUCUCACCAUCCAGGAACAUCCAAGUUGUAUCAUCAUCUUUGGUAGCCACGGCCGCUCGAUCAAACUCAUUGAUCUGUAUAUCAGCAAAUGGACUCCCGAUGUUGUCAUGAACAGUGCAGAUACGCCACCGACUGGUAUUCCUCCCGCGGUGGACGGCAUACUCCAUGACGUCAUGAGUGAGCUAACAAUCGACAAAAGCAUGCAUGUAAAGGGGUCAAGGAGGCCGUUGUCAAUGACGAUGCCGAUGGUGUUGGCUAUCGUGGAGGGAACGCUGGGCUACAGGGUCGUGUGGCAGGGACGCGGAGAGUAUCGGUUGAGGAGAGAUGCGCCGUUUGUGUAA